GUUCCAAAGGUGAAAGCGAUCGAGGUGAUCAGCAGUGAAGGAGUGGUGUCCAGGGCGGGACACACACACACAGCACGGAAACCCUGAGACUGAUAGGUGUGUGACCAGGGGGGCUGUGAGGUGACCAUGGCUUCCAGACACCAGAGUCUGAACGAGGACUUAAAUUGUCCGCUUUGUCUGGAGAUCUUUACUGAUCCGGUCACCCUGGAUUGUGGUCACAGCUUUUGCCGCUCCUGUAUCGCCUGUACCCAGAGCUGGGAAAAGAAGGAGAGAAAUGCCUGUCCCGAAUGUAGAACAGUCUUUUCCAAGAGAACCAUGAGGUGCAACUGGGUCUUGGCGAGGAUGGUGCAGAAAGUUCGACAGCUGAACCUGGCCCCAAAAGAGACAGAAAGAAGACUUUACUGUGAGGAGCAUCAGGAGGAACUGAAGCUGUUCUGUGAAACAGAUAAGAAACUGAUGUGUGUGGUUUGCAGAGACGCCCGAGAACACAGACACCACAGCUUCAAACCCAUAGUGGAGGCUGUUCAGAUCUAUAAGGAUGAAAUGAACUCCUCCUUAGCUUCUCUCACACAAAGGAAGACCGCAGCUCUAGAAGCUGAAGUUAAACAGAAACAAAAGAUUUCACAAGUGAAGGAACAGGUGGACAGUCAACAGAACCACAUCACGGCUGAGUUUGCUAAAAUGCACCAGAGCCUCACUGACAGAGAGCAGUGUGUAAUCCGAGAGCUCAGACAGCGAGAGGAGGAGAUUUUACAGCCAAUGAAGAAAAGUCUGGGAGAGAUUCAGGGCAAAUUAGCUUCUAUUCAACAAAAGAUCGCAGAGUUACAGAAACAGAUGGAGACAGACGCUCUCACCUUUCUGCAGGUAAAGAGAUGAAAUGAUAAUUUAGUUCAGUAAAAGUUACACAUAGUCUGGAGCAGAAAGUCAAAGUCUGAAUGCUAAA